CAUAAUCAACAUAUGUAAGUUCUUUUUCAAAUUAGUUUCUUUCAAAAUAACACAUUAGAGUUUAAGAAUCAUAAAAAAAAAAAAAUGAAAAGGAACAAUGAUCAAAAGGGUUCCGGUGGCUUCUUCAAUGACGACGAGUCAUCAGAAAUAAUAGUACUCCAUGAUACUGGAGGAGGUCGUUCGCCGCGGCCUGUAUCCAAGAAGAAAGCAGCCGCCGCAGCUGCCACCGCUGUCCUGAUCGUUUUUCUCUUCUGCUCUUUCCUUUUCAUUAUCUUACUAGUUGGAGGCUGGAUCGAUGUUUCUUUUUUGCCAGGCAUUUCCUCCUAUAAAGCGAUCAUAACACUAACAGACAAAAAACCAGCAGCCAAAAUCCCUGAUGAAUUUCCACUUAUUUGUCCUAAUGGAAAUGCAACAAAUAAAGCUACUUGUCCAAGAAACUACCCUACUCGGUCAUCGUUAAAUCCUAGCCGUCCGGCGAGUAACACUACGUCGACGUGCCCGUCAUACUUCCGUUGGAUUCUCGAAGAUCUGAGCCACUGGAAGGAGAGUGGUAUCACAAAGGAGAUGGUGGAGAGAGCUCGGCGGACGGCGCAUUUUCGGCUGGUGAUCGUGGACGGGAAGGCCUACGUACAGAAGUAUAGGAAGUCAAUACAGACUAGGGACAUGUUUACUAUAUGGGGUAUUUUGCAGCUGAUGAGGCUGUACCCUGGUCGGUUGCCUGAUUUGGAACUCAUGUUUGACUGUGAUGAUCGGCCCAUGGUUAGAAUGAAGGACUUCCGGCGACCCAACCCCCGACCGCCGCUGCUUUUCAGAUACUGUUCCGAUCGGUUGAGCAUGGACAUUGUUUUUCCUGAUUGGUCUUUCUGGGGCUGGGUUGAAUGCAAUAUAAAACCAUGGAAAAAUGUGUUGGCGGACAUAAAAGAAGGUAACAAAAGAACAAAGUGGAAGGACAGGGUACCCUAUGCAUAUUGGAGAGGGAACCCGUAUGUGGCUCCUACAAGAAGGGACCUUCUCAAAUGCAAUGUUUCCGAAAAAAAUGAUUGGAAUACCCGCCUCUAUAUUCAGAGUUGGGAUGAAGAGAAAAAACAAGGGUACAAGAAAUCCGGUUUAGAAGACCAGUGUACCCACAAAUACAAAAUAUAUACAGAAGGAUGGGCAUGGUCGGUUAGUGAAAAAUACAUAUUAGCUUGCGACUCAAUGACCUUAUACAUCAAGUCUCGUUACCACGAUUUCUACAUAAGAGGCAUGCAACCAUUGCAGCACUACUGGCCUAUCAGAGAAAACAGCAAGUGCACCUCUCUCAAGUUCGCUGUAGAUUGGGGCAACAAUCACACUCACCGGGCAGAAGCGAUGGGGGAGGAAGCAAGCAAGUUUAUACAAGAGGACUUGAAGAUGGAGUAUGUGUAUGACUACAUGUUCCAUCUGUUAAACGAAUACGCAAAGCUUUUCAAGUACAAACCAACCAUACCUGCCGGAGCCCAGGAGCUAUGCGCCGAAACCAUGGCGUGCCCGGCCACUGGGACAUGGAGAAAUUUCAUGGUGGAUUCGAUGGUGAAGUCUCCUAGCUCCUCCAUUCCCUGUACUUUGCCUCCACACGAUCCUCAGGCUAUUCCUCAGUUGCAUCACAAAAGGGAUAGUUCUAUUAGGCAAGUGGAGAUGUGGGAAACUGAAUACUGGCAGAAGCAGGAAAAGCCCAAAUAAAUGGGCGAAUUGGGCCUGGCCUGGCAUUGAUGACCGCUUGGGUUAGCAUUUUAUGUUGGCCCAAAGGCUUAAGGGGUUUGUUUACGGGGAUUUUUCGUCCUAUUAAUGUCCAAAAAUAUAGAAAUUGUACUU